GUAUGGCACCAUAAUCACGGCGCUUAUUGAUCCGAUUUUCCGGUGUUCUUGAUCAUGUCGACGCUGACGUCUGCGCGCGUGGUUUGCCUGGCUCACCCGCGCAUUGAUGCGCUUUCCCACGUCCCGCAGCUCGUGUCCCAGUACCUGGACGUAUCUACGCGUUGGUCACUGGCCCGCGCCGCUGAGCGGGGCUUCGUUCACCUUGUGCGACGUUUGUUAACCACUUUAAACACUUCCAACCUCAAUGUAAUGGCUGAAACCCGCGCUGCGAUGCGGAGUGCAGCCGCGAACAACUAUCUAGAUAUUCUGGAGAUAUUAUCUACCCACUAUCCCCACGCUGUGAUCGAUGAGACGAUAAUUAUGCAGGCGGCCUCCAAUGGCCAUGGAGAAGUUCUCUGCUGGCUCCAACCACGUCUCCGUAAGCUUCUACCUUGUUAUAAAGAAUAUGAUUUUUACUCCCUAAAGAGCGUGGCUGCUGCUGUCGAGAAUGGGCAUUUGUCGGUGGUACAGUGGCUGUUGGACGCUAGGGGGACACAGGAUACCGGUGACUUGACGGAGACGCAUCUGCACCAAGCUACGGCUAGAGGAGGUCACCUGGGGGUUGUCAAGUGGCUACGGACACAUGUGGAGGAGGAUAUUGAGUCUAGAGCUCUAGAUGAAGCGGCGGCAGGAGGGUUCUUAGAUGUGGUCGAGUUUUUACAUAACGAGUGGAAGGAGGCGAAGCUUGAGAGCAACCGAUGCAGUUGCCGAGCGACGUCGAGAGCGAUGAACGGUGCCGCGAGUAAUGGCCACUUGGAGGUGGUUAAAUGGCUCCAUGAGCACCGUGAUGAAGGGUGUACGAUGGACGCGAUGAAUAGAGCAGCUUGGAAUGGCCAUUUGGAAAUAGUAAAAUGGCUGCACGACCAUCGAACUGAAGGAUGCACACAGCAAGCGAUGAACAUGGCUGCGAAAGGAGGACACUUGGCGAUUGUGCAGUUCCUUCAUGAGAACUGUACUGAAGGCUGUACGUACAAUGCGAUGGACUGGGCAGCUCAGGAAAACCAUCUUGAUAUUGUGAAAUGGCUACAUGUUAACCGUAGUGAAGGAUGUUCACGUCUUACUAUGAAUGAAGUCGCGAAGCGUGGCCACUUUGAAAUGCUUAAAUGGCUACAUGAGAAUCGGACCGAGGGCUGUACUGUUGCAGCUAUGAACGCUGCUGCGACCCACGGGCACUUCGAUAUUGUCCAAUUCUUGCAUGCCAAUCGAUCGGAGGGGUGUACCAAUACAGCAAUGGACGGAGCGGCAGAAAAUAAUCAUCUAGCUAUUGUCGAAUGGCUUCAUCGACAUCGCAGUGAAGGAUGUUCGAGACGCGCAAUGGACUCCGCAGCUCGAAAUGGUCAUUUGGAAAUGGUAAAGUGGCUACAUUUGAAUCGAAAUGAAGGGUGCUCGACCAGUGCUAUGGAUGGAGCGGCCGAGUACGGUCACUUGGAUAUUGUCAAGUUCCUACACACAAACCGUACUGAAGGGUGUACUUACCGUGCAAUGGACAAAGCUGCUGGUAAUGGCCACCUUGAAGUGGUGCGGUGGCUACAUAAUAAUCGUCAGGAAGGCUGCAGUUCGGACGCCAUGGAUGAAGCCGCCAAAAACGGUCAUAUGGCAGUCAUGCGCUUCUUACAGGUACAUCGUCAGGAAGGCUGCACAGUGCGUGCAUUGAAUGCAGCCGCUGCAAGAGGGGGCUUUGAAACGCUGGAGUGGCUUCGCGCAGAGAGCAGCCUAGAAAUCGAGGAGCUGCCGAUACACGCAGCUCUUGCGGCCAUCUCGAGAGAUCGUAUUGAGAUAUUGCAUUGGCUGCUCACACACUUGGUUGCCGACGGAGUACACGAAUUGAGAAUUCUGUACGAUGCCGCACGGUACCAUAAUCGGUCGCAUAUCUUGGCAUAUCUCGACGGCUACUGGACGAUUGACAUGUAGAACAGACAGUUCGAUGCGUAUCCGUUCCCGAUUCGGGAGUAAAUCGUAUUUGGGAAUCCAGACAAGAAAUUGGAUAAUUCCACAGGGAUCACGGAAAUCACUAGUGGCCAUGCUUCAACACUUUGUUGUCCCUAGAGCAUGCUGUCUCGUCGAUGUCACGCAUCUCGAGGAACGUCUAGUAUAUGGGUGCGGAUUAAUCCUGAGUGCCAAGAAGAUGAAUUCUAAGUGGAUUGGCUGUAGCUGACAACUUGUUUGAGUUUAACGCUUCCACUAAACAGCAACUUCAACUCUUAGCUCCCAGAGAUCGCCCAACGCAAAUAUCGAAUCACUAAAUGCGUGUGCUCACGAAAACAAGUCGAUCCAUCUUCUAAACAGGGGAGCUCGCAAAUUGAUGUGCAAAAGCAGAUUGGUUGCCCAGUAACAACUCGAAAACUCCCCGUCUUAGUAGUUCAUUCAUAUUUCCACUACUGUGUACUCGAUUUUCUGGCUUAUAAGAUGCCCCGGCGACUAAACUUGGUACCAACACCCACUCAGAAUCCCGCUUUUUGUGAUGUAGCACUCACGAUUCGGCCAAAUCCACUCAGAAUUAAGCUUUUUCCCUUGCUUCAGGUUUUGAGUGGUUGAAGAUUGAGGAUGUACAGAUCUGCACCGAAUGUGGCUGAUGUUCAGAUCCUGUGAGGUAUACACCAUGGCAACGAAGUAUACUUCCUUGAUCGCUGAGGUAUCAGUAAUUCAGCAACAAGUUCGACCACAGCAGAUCCGAUUCCAAUUAUAGUGAAAUAUACUACUAGUAACUGAAGACAGCGUCUCAAAAAUAGCAGGAUCGGCAUCAAAAACAUGGUUUGACAAUACAUCAAGUUCUCGCGAUAAGACAUCUAUGAUGGAGA